CGCCCCUCCAGGAGACCCUCCCCCUGGUUCCCGUAAAGUCCCGCGGCCCGGCCACUUGGAGGUACCGUCUCCUUGGUCUCCACCUUUGCUGGACUUCACCCACUCUACCAGCUUCUCCAGAGAUGGCUGCCCAGUGUGUCACGAAGGUAGAGUUGAAUGUUUCCUGUGACAACCUUUUGGAUAAAGAUGUAACAUCAAAGUCGGACCCUUUAUGUGUGUUAUUUUUGAACACAAGUGGCCAACAGUGGUAUGAGGUUGAACGAACAGAAAGAAUUAAGAAUUCCUUGAAUCCCAAAUUUUCUAAGACAUUUAUUAUUGAUUACUACUUUGAAGUGGUCCAGAAAUUGAAAUUUGGAAUUUAUGACAUUGACAACAAAACUGUUGAGCUAAGUGAUGAUGACUUCUUAGGAGAGUGUGAGUGCACCCUUGGACAAAUUGUUUCCAGUAAGAAGCUAACCCGACCCCUGGUACUUAAAAAUGGCAGACCUGCUGGGAAAGGGAGCAUUACGGUUUCAGCAGAAGAAAUAAAAGAUAACAGAGUGGUCUUGUUUGAAAUGGAAGCCAGAAAACUGGAUAAUAAGGAUCUGUUUGGAAAGUCAGAUCCGUACCUGGAGUUUCACAAGCAGACAUCAGAUGGUAACUGGCUAAUGGUUCAUCGAACAGAGGUUAUAAAAAACAACCUGAAUCCUGUUUGGAAGCCUUUCAAAAUCUCUCUCAACUCUCUGUGCUAUGGAGAUAUGGACAAAACCAUUAAGGUAGAGUGUUAUGAUUAUGACAAUGAUGGGUCACAUGAUCUCAUUGGAGCAUUUCAAACCACCAUGACAAAACUAAAAGAAGCCUCCAGAAACUCACCUGUCGAAUACGAAUGCAUAAAUGAGAAAAAGAGGCAAAAGAAAAAAAGCUACAAGAAUUCAGGUGUUAUUAGUGUAAAACAUUGUGAGAUUACAGUAGAAUGCACAUUUCUUGAUUACAUCAUGGGAGGAUGCCAGGUGAAUUUUACUGUGGGAGUGGACUUCACUGGCUCCAAUGGUGAUCCAAGGUCUCCAGACUCCUUGCAUUACAUCAGCCCCAAUGGUGUUAAUGAGUAUUUGACUGCCAUCUGGUCAGUGGGAUUGGUAAUUCAGGAUUACGAUGCUGAUAAGAUGUUUCCAGCUUUUGGCUUUGGAGCUCAGGUACCACCUCAGUGGCAGGUAUCCCAUGAAUUUCCAAUGAACUUUAACACAUCCAACCCCUAUUGUAAUGGAAUCCAAGGCAUUGUAGAGGCAUACCGGGCCUGUCUUCCUCAGAUCAAACUCUAUGGACCAACUAAUUUUUCUCCAAUUAUAAAUCAUGUGGCCAGGUUUGCAGCUGCAGCCACACAACAACAAUCAGCUUCCCAAUAUUUUGUGCUCUUGAUCAUCACGGAUGGUGUGAUUACUGACCUUGAUGAAACCAGACAUGCUAUCGUCAGUGCUGCCAAGCUGCCCAUGUCUAUUAUCAUCGUGGGAGUUGGAGGAGCUGACUUCAGUGCCAUGGAGUUUCUGGAUGGUGAUGGGGGAAGUCUCCGCUCUCCAAUGGGUGAGGUGGCCAUAAGAGACAUUGUUCAGUUUGUGCCUUUCAGACAGUUCCAGAAUGCUCCAAAGGAAGCACUUGCUCAGUGUGUCUUGGCGGAGAUUCCCCAGCAGGUGGUGGGCUAUUUCAACACAUACAGACUCCUUCCUCCCAAAAAUCCAGCCGUGAAAUAGAAGGUGCCGUGACACUUCUGUAGAAUUCUAAGCCUUAUGGAGCAAUGUCUUCUCUAACAGAGAAUUAUGUAUCUGCCUUCUGUGCUUCUUGUCCCUAGCAUUUGUGAUGUAAACCUAGCUUUUUGUACAUAUUAUAUGUUUAAAGCAUACAUUUCAGAUAUUUUGAGGGGAGAAAGUGCCAAGUUCAUGUCUGCCCCGUCAAUUCAGUGAUUGUUAGUGAUUUAUAGAAAUUGCAAGAGGGCUGCUUGAAUUAAUAUUUAAUAUGGGAAAAAUCACAUUUUUGUUGGUUUGUUGUCUACUUUGAUAAGAUAAAAAUGCCGUUUCAAAUGAUGCCUGUAGAGCGAGUGAGGAGUUGGUUGCUGUGCUGCUUGUAGUAAAUGUUUUGACCAGUGAAAAGAUCCUCUUGUAGACAAGCCAUUUUUAUUUGUCUUUUGAAAUUUUUUAUCUUCAUUAUGAACUGUCGCACACAUGGUCAAGUUUGGGCUUUCUGUUACUGGCUAAACAAGAUAGUCAAGAUUCUGUGGAAGUACAAAUGGUAGGUCAUCCCAGAGUCUGCAUUAUUAGUGUAAUUGGGGCUUGCUAAAGUGGUUAGGAUUACUUUGUCCAGGAAAGCUGUGAGGACCAGACAUUUAAGAUGGAAAUUCAGAAUUCCAGGACAGGCAUGAUGGCACAUCAUCCCAGUACUCAGGAGGCAGAGGCAAGAGGAUCACUAUACCCAACCUGGUCUACAUAGUGAGUUCUAGACCAGCCAGAGCUACAUAGUGAGACUGAGUCUCCAAAAAACCCAAAGAAAAUAAAAAAUAACAAUAAAAAAUUCAGAAUUUCAUUUCCUUCUAACUAGUGGCAUACUUGGGGUGGUGGUGGGGAGGUAGUUUUUAUAUUUUCUAAGGUCUUAUGCACUGAUUUGUGUAGAUUUAUUUAGGCAUUUUCACUUUUUUAAAAAUAGUACCUUGUUUUCUUUAAGCUUAUAGUACCAGUUAUUUAUUAAUCAAAAUUCCAUUUUACAUUUUUUUCCAAGCCCACCUGGAAAUCACUAUGUGGACCAGGCUGGCCUCAAUCUCACGGAGAUCCACCUGCCUCUGCCUCCUGAAGUCUGGGAUUAAAGAUGCAAACCACCACACCUGGCAUCCAUUUUACAUUUUAAUAAUGUGCUAUUUUUUAAGUUAAAAAUGUAUUCUGUUAAGCAUAAAAUCUGAUGUACCUUAAAAAGAAAAACCCAAAACUCCAUUUCUAACUGCUACAUUAGGAUAGAGUAUACUUAUGCUUUUUUUUUUUAAAAGAAUAAAAUUUAUUUUCUUAACUUUACCUCUUAGAGCAUAUUGCUUAGGGAGCAUCAUAUUUUCAGUAACAUUUGCCUGAAGAUCUGCUUGAAGAUCUGUAUGCCAAGUAUCGUGAAUAUCCAUAUAGUGGCCAGUUAUCACUAACAGUUUGACAUUUAAAAUUGAGUGUUUUUCACAUAUCCUUAAGUGGAUGUCCGCAGCACCAGUUAACAUGCCUGAGUGUUACUGAGUGCCUCCACCACGCCUGUGCUUCAUGCUGUCUGCAGUCUGAAGGAAAUGAGCUGUCAGCCAAAGCUUCGGCUUCUCAGAAGCAGCUUACUGCUGAGACCUGUCUCAGAGGAGAUCUACUUGUUAUAUUGGUUUCCUAGACCCAGCGAGCAGUUGCUUUGCCCUAGCUAGCUGGCUUCUGGGUAUGUGCUAGUAAUCUGGAGGGAUGCACCUGAUAGACUGUUCCUGCUACUGCAGGGUUUUUACAUUUUUUUCCACUGUGACUCUCUUUUACCCACAAAAGUUGGGUUCCUGGCAUCCACAACAGAGGGCUUACAACCACCUAUAACUCCAGCUCUAGGGGAUCAAUGCCUUCUUCUGCCUCCAUAGGCACUCAUUCUUGGCCACCCCCAGAGUUUAAAAUUUUUUUUUGAAGAAAAAAAAAUUAUGUUAAUACAAUUCAUUGCUAUACAUAUAAUUUUAUCAUUUAUUAAAGAUGAAAGCAAUUUAUCCUACUAAUGAAGUGGAUAUGCCUGUUUGUUUUGACAUAAGAAUUACAUCUUGGCUGAAUAUUUAUUUGUACUGCAGGAUAUAGAGCAUCUUCAAAGUAUUUCAGAGUUGGUUGAUAUUUUGAUUUGAUAAUAGUGCUAUGAACCCCUCUUUACAUAAACUCAUAGUACAAAAUGUCACAGAUAUGUUUAGGGCCUUUUCAUAAGUUCUUGGAAGUUCUAUCUUAUUCCUAAGCCAAAAUUCAUUUAAUGAUUUUUCAUAUGAAACUUAAGUCAGCAAUUUUUAAAAUGAGACAUUCUAAUACAAUACUAUAUCAAGAUAUAUUGAUUUGAUAUUUAUAUGCUUAGGAAUGACAGUAGGAAAAUACUGAAAGUUUCUGUUUUCUAUAUAAGUGCUUAUGCUGAGGAAAACUUGGUAUGUACAGUAAAACAUUGCAGUUUAAAUAUGUUAAGUAGUCUUGAGUCUAAGCUGCAGGGUUCAGGCAACAUUUAUUGUUGUGUGGUGUGAUGGCUUGAGUAGUGCAAAGUGCACCUGUUAUGUGUUUGGAAGGAAGGCUGUGGUGUAGUUGUGUGAUAAAACAGGGGCAAGCCCUGCCAGAAACAAUUUAGAUUCAUUACACAUUUGGUUUUGAAUUAAUUUGGGGCCUUUGGGGCAUUAGAAACCCUUGCUCUUGUCAGAUUUUUCCUGAUCAGUUAUGUGGCUCUGUAUGGGGUCAUGGCUCAGUCCUAGAACCUGAGCUCUACAUUAGUAGGCAGGUCAGUUAUCAACAGGGGGAAAGGAAACCGUUUUUUUUUUUUUUUUUGAAACUUUAAUUUCACAUGUCUCGAUUUCCGUUCUCUGUGUGCUUAGGAACAGCAUAGGAUGCUGCUGUGGUUUCAGGAUUUUCUUUUGCACACAUAGGGAGCUUUUAUGAAAAUGGCUUACAGGUUCUCAAUAUGUGGUAAAGCAAGGAGCAGUGGAGCUUCUCUGGCUUUGAGGCAGGUUUCACUGGGCCUGCUCCUCACCUUCUCCACCCCCAUAGGGUACCUGGGAGCUGUUGGUCCUCAUUCAUUGUUCCCAUCAGGCAGAUAGUGACUAUCCUGUCUCUUCCAUUUGGACUUUAACAAUUUUAUUUUCUGGUUUCACCAGAAUUUUACCUUUUAAAGUAUUUUUUAAAUUACUCAUCUUGAUCAGACAUAUCAGUAGAUGUGUUAUUCAUAAGAGCUGUGACUCUGAUAGGUUGAAGUAGAUCCAUCCAAAUUAUCAUUUUAUGGAAUUCUUAGUUUCAGCACUUGCUUUAUUUCAUGCUGCUUUAAUAUUGUUUUAUAUUAAAAUAUUCCUUUUCCCUAUUGUGCCUCUAUUUGCUCAAAUGCAUUUAAAGUAAAUGCAUUUGAAGUAAAAACCAAAUUUACUCUCAUACCUCUGUAAUCAGAUAUAUUACAAAUGUGUAUGUAAGUGACCAUGCCCUGGGUAGACUUCUGACUACAUGCACAUAUACUCAGAAAAUAGUAUUCUCACUGGCCCAGUCACCUCAUCUUAUGUUCAUAAUUGAUUUUUUUUUUUUUUUUUUUUUUUUUGGUCUUUUUGAGACAGGGUCUCCCUGUAGCCCCAGCUGCCUAAGACCAUUAAACAUUUAAGUCUGGUGAGGGGUUUGCAAGUGUUCACUUUGAGCAGUGCUUAGGCAGCCUUUCCAGAGUACGUUCUGGGCCCCCAUUGCUCAUUACACUGUGUUUUCACAUACUUUGCUCUUCUCAAUUUAUACACUUUCUCGAACAUCGUCUUCAAUAAGAAUCUCCUAGUCUGUUUUUUUUGUUUUCCAUAAAAAUUACAUGUAAGGGAAAUUUGCAAAUUAGAUGAUUUUGUAUUGCUAUGGAUAUCACAGCAUGUAUAUAAUACAUGAAAUUAUGGUAAAAAUACCUUCUGUGUGAAUUCACCUUGGAUAAAGUUACUUCUUGAUGCGA